UGUCAAGAAUUCAUCACUCAUUCACUUGUUCAUUCUUUUCUGUCAAAAUGGCUGCCCCACAGGAGACGAGACGAGAACCUAUUCAGGCUGUCCAAGUAUUCGGACGCAAGAAAACCGCCACCGCUGUAGCUUACUGCAAGCGCGGCCAUGGCGUGCUCCGAGUGAACGGUCGUCCCCUCGACCUGGUGGAGCCCCGUCUGCUCCAGUACAAACUCCAGGAACCAAUCCUUUUGCUGGGCAAGGAAAAGUUCUCCGGUGUUGAUAUCAGAGUGACCGUCAAGGGUGGUGGUCACGUCGCACAGGUCUACGCCAUCAGGCAGGCUAUCUCCAAAGCACUCAUUGCUUUCUACCAGAAAUAUGUUGACGAGGCCUCAAAGAAGGAAAUCAAGGACAUCCUUGUCCAAUACGACAGGAGUUUACUAGUAGCGGACCCGCGUCGCUGCGAGCCGAAGAAGUUCGGCGGCCCAGGCGCGCGCGCUCGCUACCAGAAGUCGUACCGUUAAGAUCACCAUCGUCCCGUCGGGUGGUAUCGCUUUGGUGCGGGUUCGUCAUUGCGAUAGCAUUGGGCGUGAUUACAAUAAAAAACUAAAAAAAUA